GUUAAGGCUACUGACUUCGAGCUGUCCAUCACAUGAGGUGAGAAGGACGCAUUUUAACUCAACAGAAGCAAGCACAGCUGGGAAACAAACCUGAACAAGAACAGAAACCCAAGCCCAAGGGAAGCUGAGCCCACUGUGGUGGGCAAGGGCUCCCUGAAGACCAGAGCAGCCUGCCCAGGACCUGCAGAGUCUCACUGCUACUCAGCCAAGGGCAGUGCCAGAGACAGACAGUAAUCCUGUGGCAGAGGAAAGGCAACGGUGCUUCCCAGCCUCCUGCUCUGCGCUUCGCCGUUUCUGGCCCCAGGACUUCCCCAUGCACGGCAAGUGUCCUCUCCUGUGCCACGAGUGGACUCUGCCGAAUGUGCUGCUAACAAACACGUGCAGAGGCUCACUUCCACCUUGGCGCUGCCUGCUGAUAUGCGUGUGAUAUCAUUUUCUGUUGCAGUGACUGAUGGCAUGUCUGUAUUGCCCUAAGGAGACAGUGAGCAAAUCCAGCCUGUUACAGCUGUAGAAACACAAGGGAAGACUACAAGGGACAGAGGAGCUCUUGGAAAAGACAGCCUGCCUCAUAUUGCAAAGGAGUGUUCAGCCAGAAAUGAACUAGGAGACAGGAGGCCCUCUGCAAGGAUGGAACUUGCCCCCCAGGGAUGACAGGCUCGUGCUUCUUGGGACAGGGAGUCAAGUGAAAUGCGCUAUAAGAGGCUUCAACAUUUGCUUGAAAAAAGCAACAUCUAUUCCAAAUUCUUGCUAACCAAAAUGGAACAGCAGCAACUAGAGGAACAGAGGAGGAAAGAGAAGUUAGAAAAAAAGAGAGAGAUGAUGUUAAAAUCUGCCAAGGGUCAAAAUCCACUUGAUGGCAAAGAGGAGAAAUCAGGUGCAAAAAAGAAGAGAGGGAGAGAAGAUGGGACAUACAACAUCUCAGAAAUUAUGUCCAAAGAGGAAAUAUUAUCAGUGGCAAAAAAAAGUAAAGUGGAAAAUCAGGAUGAAAGCUCUUCUGACAACCUGUGUCCAGAAGACCUGCAGAAAAACGGAGACUCAAAUAGUGUCAUUAAGGAUAGAUUAUGUCAAGCUGUACGACACAGUGCCAAGCAAUUCCUUGAUCCAGUACGGAGAUUUAAUGGACAACCAGUGCCUUUUCAGCAGCCAAAGAUUUUUACUGGUGGUGUAAUGAGGUGGUACCAAGUGGAAGGCAUGGAGUGGCUAAGGAUGCUUUGGGAAAAUGGUAUCAAUGGCAUUUUAGCUGAUGAAAUGGGGUUGGGGAAGACGAUCCAGUGUAUUGCAACAAUAGCACUGAUGGUAGAGCGAGGAGUCCCAGGUCCAUUCUUAGUAUGUGGUCCUUUGUCUACUCUUCCAAACUGGAUGUCUGAAUUCAAGAGGUUUACUCCAGAGAUUCCACUAAUGCUCUAUCACGGAGCUCAGCAGGAACGUCGUAAACUGGUUCGUAAAAUUCACGCGCGGCAAGGAUCAUUGCAAAUCCAUCCUGUGGUCAUUACUUCCUUUGAAAUAGCAAUGCGAGACAGAAAUGCCCUGCAGCACUGCUUCUGGAAAUACCUGAUAGUAGAUGAAGGUCACAGGAUUAAAAACAUGAACUGCCGCCUUAUCAGAGAAUUGAAGCGAUUUAAUGCAGACAAUAAACUCCUGUUGACUGGUACUCCCCUGCAAAACAAUUUGGCAGAGCUUUGGUCAUUGCUUAACUUCCUUUUGCCAGAUGUGUUUGAUGAUUUGAAAAGCUUUGAAUCCUGGUUUGAUAUUACCAGCAUUACAGAAACUGCUGAAGAUAUUAUUGCUAAAGAAAGGGAGCAAAACAUCUUGCAUAUGCUGCAUCAGAUUCUGACGCCUUUUCUACUGAGAAGACUGAAAUCUGAUGUUGCUCUUGAGGUUCCUCCUAAACGAGAAGUUGUGGUAUAUGCACCACUGGCAAAGAAGCAAGAAACUUUCUAUACUGCCAUUGUAAAUCGCACCAUUAGGAAACUGCUUGGAAAUAAUGAGGAAGAAGUAGUUGAAUUGAGUCCUACAGGCCGACCAAAACGCCGUAGCCGAAAACUGGUUGAUUAUUGUGAAGAACGUAAUGGUUCACCUGAUGACUUGGAAAAAUUGAUCAGCAAAAUGCAAGAGGAAGUAGAAAAAGAGAGGCCAGUGGUAGAAGUGAGCAUUCCCAUGGAUUCAGAGGUGAACCUUAAACUGCAGAAUAUUAUGAUGUUACUGAGGAAAUGUUGUAAUCACCCCUAUCUUAUUGAAUAUCCAUUGGACCCUGCUACACAACAAUUCAAGGUUGAUGAAGAUCUAGUAAAGAAUUCAGGCAAGUUUCUACUCUUGGACAGAAUGCUUCCGGAACUGAAAAAGAGAGGGCAUAAGGUCUUGUUGUUCUCGCAAAUGACUAUGAUGCUUGACAUUUUGAUGGAUUACUGCUAUCUGAGAGACUUCAAAUUUAGUCGAUUGGAUGGCUCUAUGUCCUACUCAGACAGAGAAGAAAAUAUGCAUCAAUUCAAUACUGACCCUGAAGUCUUCCUGUUCUUAGUGAGUACAAGAGCUGGUGGCUUGGGCAUUAACUUAACUGCGGCAGACACAGUUAUCAUAUACGAUAGUGACUGGAACCCCCAGUCGGACUUGCAGGCCCAAGACAGGUGUCACAGAAUUGGCCAGACAAAGCCGGUGGUUGUUUAUCGUCUUGUGACAGCAAAUACUAUUGACCAGAAGAUUGUGGAGAGAGCUGCUGCCAAGAGGAAGCUGGAGAAGCUGAUUAUCCACAAAAAUCAGUUUAAAGGUGGCAAAUCUGGUCUAGCACAGUCAAAGAGCUGCCUGGACCCUCAGGAAUUAAUAGAAUUACUGAAAUCCAGAGACUAUGAGAGGGAGGUUAAAGGAUCUAAAGAAAAAGUAAUCAGUGAUAAAGAUCUAGAGUUACUCUUGGACAGAAGUGAUCUUAUUGAUCAAAUGAAGACCUCUGAAAAAAUGAAAAAGGAAAAAAUGGGUGUCUUCAAGGUCCUAGAAGAAUCAUCAGAUUCCAAUGCAGAGUGUGUGUUUUAAUGUGCAAAUGUGGCCUGUAGUCUUACAGGACAAACAUAUGACUGACAUCAGAUCUUCCAGAGACAUCACUUAGACAUACUGAUCCUUUAUGCUGACUUUCUUUCCUUGUUCAAAUCCCCUGUGUUCUUUCACUGAAUUUUAACAUGUUCUACAGUAUAAUGCAGGUGAUAGUUUCACGUUGUAGCUUUGGUAGGCUGUCAUAAAAAAUUAAGAAAAUAAGCAUGUUUCACAUUAGCAGCUAGGUCUUGUGAUCAGUGGUAAAAACUGGCAGAUUUGUGUUUAAAAAAAAAAAAAAUCUUCCUGUGGAAGUCCUAAAACAGGUUUGUUUUUUUAUAUGGUGUCAAUUAUGGUUUUAUUUGGAAGUGAGAGAACAUGUACCUUUGUUACAACCAAUUGUGUAGCUUCUGUUUUUAACUUCUGCAAAUUAUUUUGAUUAAAUAAACAUCUUGUUUGUCCUAAAGGUGUAGGGGUUUUAGCAUAGCUUCUUAAGCUUUGCUUAUUUAUGUUGUGUCCAUUAAUUCACUCUUUCCCUACUCAUUUAGCACAUUAGCCAAUCUCACACAUUUAAAAAAAAACAAAAUGAAAACCAACCAAAAAAACCCACAACAAAAGAUGAGUCAAAAAAACCCUAAAUUUUUCUGGUGCGAGCAUUAUUUCUGUAUUGACUGGCGCAUCAGCCUGCACACCUAAGGUGCCUGUUUGAAGCAUGUGGAGGGAGCUAAGGGUACUGGAAGGGGAGAGUGCAGAAUGACUCUGGGGGUGUGUGCAUGACUGAGGAGUACUUUCUGGGAAGGGAGGGUUUGAGACUACAGUGGGGCAGAAAAGACAGGUGAAGGAUAUUACUUGCAUAUGUAGCCUCUAAGAGCCAGCUGUAAGCAAUGGUUUUCAACUUGGGCAUCAGGUGGCUUUCAAACUUUUAAUUCUGGUUUGUGAAAAUGUCAUCUAGGUGUAGUUAGAAGCUGCAGUCAUGGAAUUGCAUCUGGAGCUGUCAGAGUUGCAGUUGUGCUAGUCAUGCCAAGGCAUAGGUAACAUGGAAUAAAAUAAAAUCCUACCUAACCUAUCAGACUUCAGAAACUAGUUUCCAGUCACUUUGAUUGUUCUUACUCUCCAUCUGUUAGCCUGAUUUAGAGAAAGUUACUUUAUAUUAGUGAGAGAUGUUUAUCCUUACUUCUGUAAGGGAACAAAUAAAUGUUAAGUUAAUGAGUA